AUGGAGCGGGUGGACAGUGAAGAUGAGGCAAUAGAGGGCCAGGGGCGCCCGCACGCGAAUGGAUAUCUCCGGGUCCUGGUGGACACUCCCAUUCCGGAGCUGAGUGCGGAGCAGCGGAACGAACCCAAAACCAACUGCCUGACCUUGAACGGGGUCCCGCAGGACAACCCCGGAGCCACCUUGGAAGCCCUGGGCGGGAUGCAGACUCCGCUGGCCCCGGAGGAGGAGGAGGAGACUGAGGCCCGGCUGUUGCCCACGGUCCCGGGUGAACAGAUCUCGGGGGCCGAGGACACCCACGCGCCCAGGAUAGCGCUCUCCGCUAGGCGCUUCGUGGUGCUCCUGAUCUUCAGCCUGUACUCGCUGGUGAACGCCUUUCAGUGGAUCCAGUACAGCAUCAUUACCAAUGUCUUCGAGGACUUCUACGGAGUGUCCUCGCUGCACAUCGACUGGCUGUCCAUGGUGUACAUGCUGGCCUACGUACCCCUCAUCUUCCCAGCCACCUGGCUGCUGGAUACCAGAGGCCUACGACUCACCGCUCUGCUGGGCUCUGGCCUCAACAGUCUGGGCGCUUGGGUCAAGUGCGGCAGCGUGCAGCAGCAUCUCUUCUGGGUCACCAUGCUGGGCCAGUGUCUGUGCUCUGUGGCCCAGGUAUUCAUCCUGGGCUUGCCCUCUCGCAUUGCCUCAGUGUGGUUUGGGCCAAAGGAGGUGUCUACGGCUUGUGCCGCCGCUGUGCUGGGCAAUCAGCUUGGAACUGCUGUUGGCUUUUUGCUACCACCAGUUUUAGUGCCCAACACAAAGAAUAACACAGAACUCCUGGCUUGCAAUAUCAGCACUAUGUUUUAUGGUACAUCAGCUGUCUCCACACUUUUAUUCAUUUUAACAGUAAUUGCAUUCAAAGAAAAACCUCAGUAUCCACCAAGUCAAGCUCAAGCAGCUCUCCUAGACAGUCCCCCUGAAGAGUACUCCUAUAGGAAAUCAAUAAGGAACCUGUUUAAAAACAUUCCAUUUGUCCUUCUGCUGAUCACUUAUGGUAUAAUGACUGGAGCUUUCUAUUCAGUCUCAACACUACUAAAUCAAAUUAUACUGAGAGAUUAUGAGGGAGAAGAAGUAAAUGCUGGAAGGAUUGGGCUUACGCUGGUGUUAGCUGGAAUGGUGGGCUCUAUUCUUUGUGGCUUAUGGCUGGAUUAUACCAAAACAUACAAACAAACUACCCUGACAGUUUACAUUUUAUCUUUUAUUGGAAUGAUUAUAUUUACUUUUACACUGGACCUUGGAUACCUCAUCAUUGUGUUUAUUACUGCAGGAGUACUUGGCUUCUUCAUGACUGGUUACCUUCCCCUGGGUUUUGAAUUUGCUGUUGAAAUCACUUACCCUGAAUCUGAAGGCACUUCAUCUGGUCUUCUUAAUGCCGCUGCACAGAUAUUUGGAAUUCUGUUCACAUUGGCUCAAGGAAAGCUCAUAUCAGUCUAUCAUCCUAUGGCAGGGAACAUUUUCCUUUGUGUCUGGAUGCUUGUGGGCAUCAUUUUAACAGCAUUAAUCAAGUCUGAUCUAAGAAGACACAAUGUAAACAUAGGAAUUACAAAUGAUAUUAAAGCUGUGCCUGUUGACAGUCCCACAGAUCAAGAACUGAAAACUGGUAUGUUGUGCAAGCAGUCAGAAUCAGCAAUUGGCAAUGAGAAGAAAAGAUAA